AUGUCUUCAUUGUUAAGCAAUAAUCAAAACACACGACAAUCUAUGUCUCCAUCAGAAGCAGUUGAAGAACUUAAAAGUUUCAUAAAUUUUGAAUUAAUGAAAACAAAUGAUGUUUUCAGGGAAUCGAUUGAACAAAAAUUAAUGACAACUAUUGAGAAAUUUGAAGAACAGAUGAAAAGGGAAAGUAAAUCCAUAACAUCUAAUAUAACUAUUGGAAAAGUUAGGUCUUUAAUAAGUGAAGCACUGGCUGUAUAUGACGCCGAUAAGACAGGUCAACCAGAUUAUGCAUUGGAACCGUCAGGAGGAACUAUUAUAAACACUCGUUGUUCAGAAACAUAUGAUCCGCACGGAGUUCAAUAUAAGAUCUUUGGUAUACCUUUUUGGAGUUCAUCGGUGAGUCCGCGGGCAGUCAUUCAACCGACAAUAAGUCCCGGCGAAUGCUGGGCUUUCAGAGGUUCAAAUGGUUAUCUCGUGAUUCGCUUAUCUCAAGCCAUAUAUCCAUCCGGUUUCACUUAUGAACACAUUUCCAAACAAAUAUCAAGAGAUGGAAACAUCGAUUCCGCGCCCAAAGAAUUUCAGGUCCGAGCGCUCGACGACGAAACCGAUACUACGGGACAUCUUUUAGGUAAUUAUGUCUACGAAGAUAACAACACUCCGAUGCAAUAUUUCGCGGUUGAAGACCCAAAUCCUCGAGCCGUCGAAUUGAUUGAAUUAGUGAUACUAUCAAAUCACGGCCACAAUGACUAUACCUGUCUCUAUAGAUUCCGUAUUCACGGAAAGAGAAUCAACACUUAAUUUGUCAAAUAUAUGCCAUAUUUUCGUCAAUUUCUUAAUCUAUCGAUAACUCUAUUUUAUUUAU